AAACGCGGAAGAGUUGGCUAGUGAACAUUUUUUUCUGUUUUUUUCCAGACUAUCAAACUGGUUUGUUGCUAGAUUUUAAAAUAACAUUAGAGCUUUCCCUUCACAUUCGCACAGUUGCGCAAAAUGAGAACUUUAGAGGAAGUACAGGCUACAACGCAAAUAGCUAAACUUAAAGAAGAAGAUUUGCAAUCUGCGAUUCAUUGCUUGUCUUUUGGUGAACAUGUUUCGUCGGGGGAUUACUGUCUUAUGGAGCUGGAUGAAAAGUUGUGCAAACACAUUGAGUCUGGACAGAGUCUUGUGAUCAGAGGAGACAAGGACGAGCAUGCAGUUAUGUGCAGUGAAGACGAGACUUAUGACCUGAAGAUUGCAGACACCUCAAACCUGCUUCUCCUCAUUCCGGGCUGUACGACCCCAGAUCAGCUACCUGGGGAUCAGGGAAGGCCACACCUUAUCCAUUCCCAGAUUUGGGGCUUCUCCAACAGCUACUGGGAGGUGAGACGACAGCGACCAAAGUUAAAGAAGCUGAAGAAGCUCUUAAUGGAGAGUCCUUAUGAGGGGUCACCACCUAGUCAAGAGGAGAGUUCAGCACAAAAGUACACAAUGGAAGACCUGCUUGACCGAAUUCAAGCCAGCAAGGCAGAAAUUGCUGCGCAGCUGGAAAAUAUCCAUGCUUGUAACAUUGAUGGGUUCUGGAGGAUGCUGGAUUUCGAUUACGAGAUGAAACUCCUGGGUCAUGUGAUGCAGUUAGUGGACUCUGAGUCCUGGUCUUUCAGCAAGGUUCCCCUGAGAACCUGCCAGCAAGAGCUGGGGCCUCUUGAGCCACAGGAGAUGAUUGAGCACUGCUUGAACUGUUAUGGGAGGCGUUAUACGGAUGAAGAGGGUGAGGUGUGUUUCGCGCUCAAUGAAGAUAAAGUAUGCCAAGCCACUGCCCACAUGCUCCUGCAGAACGCCGUCAAGUUCAACCUGUCGGAGUUUCAGGAAGUGUGGCAACAGAGCGUCCCAGAGGGCAUGAGCACUAGGCUGGACCAGCUCAAGGGUAUCGCUCUACUGGACCGCAGCACCAGGCCGGAGACCAUUUGCUUGCUGAGGGUCGAAGACCUGCCUGAGGACACACCGGAGCGCUUCAACUGUUUGUUCAGCAUGAGGGAGAAAUGGACGCAAGACGACAUUGCCCCCUACAUACAGGACUUGUGUGGUGAAAAGCAAACAACUGGAGCUCUCCUUACUAAAUAUGCUCGUUCAUCCAUGCAAAAUGGGUUGAAAGUCUACAAUUCAAGAAGACCUGUGGCAACUUGAAGAACUAAUAUUCUGUUUUGUUUGGAACUUUCUAAAUAAAUGCAAUCGUUUUUUGUUCAUUAAAAAGAUGUAUUGUA